GGAGAAUGUUUCACAUAAGGCUAGGGUUCCCAGCACCACCCACACCAACAGGUAUUCAUUCCUCUCGAUUUUUUUUAAUAUGAAACCCUAAACCCUAUCACUCCCACUGAAUCAUCCUCCUCUGCCCUCCGACCUCCAGCCUCCCGCCGUCGCAUCCUCCGCCGCUGAAGCACCGCCCUCGCUCCUCGUGUGCUCCGCUACUGGCGCAUCACGCGUCCACUGCCUCCUUCACCUCGCGUCUUCUCUGCCAUCCUCGCUUCGCGUCUUCUUCGCCGUCGUCUCUUCACGUCCUCGCUGACUUCGAAUUCUCGCUGUCACCGCGUCUAUGAAGCUUCUCCGCCGAUAAUUAUGGUUUCCUUUCUCUCUGUUUUCUUCUUGCGGGCUUUUGCAUCUUCUUGUUGAGACACUAGAAUUAUCGUCAUGGGAUUCAUCGUUCAGUUUAAUUAUUGGAUCUUCACUUCAUACUAUCUGAUUCAAUUAUUCUCCUACUCAACAAACCUCAAUCAUUCUCGUACUUAAUUGGGAUUCUCUCUCUAGUUAUUUUAUUUUAUUUAGUUACCUACCCUUUCUUUUCCUUGUGCAAGAAGAUAUUACAUCCUUUUGCUUAUAGUUUAUGGGUGGUUGGUUAUGUUCUUUCCUAGCAAAGCUUGAUUCUUUUCGACUUGUUAGUUAUUACAAUUUCUGUUCAAGAACAUAAUUUAAAAGAAAAAAGAAAAUUAAUGUUUUUGUUUCGUUGGUUUUCCACUAUGGUUACUUUUCAUUCUUGAUUUGGUUUUGGAUUUGUGGAACUUAAUUUGAUUGCACACAUUUUCAUCUGGACUAAGUUCUAGACGUUAGAAGUUGUAUAAAGUGAAAUCUUUUUGUUGUGGGGCUGGUUAAUCCAGGCCUCAGCCAAUUUAUGUAUAAUGUUGUUAAUUGUGACGGUUGGGAUAUAUUCAAUGAAUCAAAUGUGGAGCUGGUCUAGUCAUAGUGGUCUAAUUGAUAUUCCAUGAUUAUAUAUAUAUGCUUGAACUGAACAAAUGGCAUACAUAUAAGUGUUAGUGGGAAAUCAUUGUAGAAACUUGUUAGUCAUCUAGUUUUACUUCCUUAACAGUGAUGCUGAAGCUUUCCUUGUCGAUUGCUACUGUGCGGAGAAGUAGGUGGAGAAUUAAUAUUGAGGCCAUUAACUUAUUCAAUGGAGAGAGCUUGUGCAUUAGAAUAAAGACGAAUUAGUAUUAUUAUAUUCUGAAUGCAGAAACUUGAAAAUGGGAGCAAGAAAUAGAUGCUUCAACACAUACUGGGGCCGUCUGUUAAGUAUUAUUUAACCUCCCACUUAGUUAUUCACCAAGCUCAGUAAAAAUGCAAUCUUUUGGUGGAAAUUGCUUGAGAUAUCAUAACUACUUCAGUAGGAACAACUCGAUCCAAAAUUUAUUCUCUUUCCCAAGCUCAUUUCUUCAGAAGUUCCCUGAGCUCAUGUUCAAGGGCCUCAUCUGUCAGAGACCACAAAAGAUGUGUCUUUUUCAUGAUACCCAGAAAUUUGAACCCCUUUUGUUUCAAAUUACUGCUGGCCACGAUAAAUUUCCUAUAAUAUUUGCACCUAUUUGCGUCAAUUAUCAUUGCUAUUCAACCAGGGCUCCCUCAAGGUCUUAUAGAAAAAGGGUUCGCAAGAGGUUGUUGAAAUCCCUAAAGCCUACUUUAGAUCAAACAAAAUUUCACUUGGCACUGUCCCAAAUUCCACCAAGGUUCACCCCUGAAGAACUGUGCAAUGUGAUGACUCUUCGAAGUGACCCUUUGGUUUGUUUAGAGCUGUUUCAUUGGGCAUCUCAGCAGCCAAGGUUCCGGCACGAUGUUUCCACUUUUCAUGUCACCAUAAAGAAGCUUGGUGCUGCAAAGAUGUAUCAAGAAAUGGAUGAUAUUGUGAACCAACUGCUUGCAGAUCCUUUGAUCGGUUCAGAGGCACUGUACAACACCGUUAUAUAUUAUUUCACUGAGGCCAGGAAGCUGAGUAGAGCUGUGAAUAUAUUUAAGCAAAUGAAGAACAGUAGGAAUUCAAAUUGUAGGCCUUCAAUUAGGACUUAUAAUAUUCUAUUUGCUGCACUUUUGGGUAGGGGUAGCAACACCUAUAUAAAUUAUGUGUAUAUGGAGACGAUUAGAAGUUUGUUCAAGCAAAUGGUGAAUGACGGUGUAGAGCCAGACAUAUUUUUGUUAAAUGCUAUGCUAAAAGGUUAUGUCCUUUCUCUCCAUGUUAACGAUGCGUUGAGGAUAUUCCAUCAGAUGGGUGUGGUUUACAAUUGCCAGCCAAACUCCUUUACCUAUGAUUACUUGAUUCAUGGGUUGUGUGCUCAAGGCCGGACGAAAAAUGCAGAAGAAUUAUGUCAUGAGAUGAAGAUCAAGGGUUUCAUCCCAAGUAGCAAAUCUUACAAUUCACUUGUCAAUGCUUUGGCGCUUGGUGGAGAAAUUGAGGAGGCAGUAAGUUAUCUAUGGGAGAUGACCGAAAAACAGAGGUCUGCGGAUUUUAUUACUUAUAGGACCGUGCUCGAUGAGAUUUGCCGACGAGGAAGUGUUCAGGAGGCAAUGAGCUUAUUGCACAAGUUUCAGGAUAAGGACCUUCUUGACGGGCAUGCUUACAGGAAGCUUCUUUAUGUGCUUGAAGAUGACUAUGGGAAUUCUGUCAACAGAAUUGAUUGAGGUACAACAAUCAUAGAUUCUUUUAUCAUUUAAUUGUUUGGGAAUUUCUCUGGUGAAGAGUGAAGUUGGUUGAAGAAUGAAGAUUGUAACUAUAUUUUUUAGAAUAUGCAUUGCACAUGUUUUUAUUUUUUAGUAUUUCUCUAUAUUGUAAAAAGAACAAUCUUCCUUCUUCAUUGAAAAACACUCUUGUAAAAAGAACAAUCUUCUCCAUUAGUUGUAUGUAUUUGUAAUUUCACAUGAGAUGUUCCAGGUUUCAUAUUCUCUUGUAUGUGUAGCAGGUGAACGCCUAAAAGUUUGUUUAUAGUUUUAUAUAUCCAAGUCUUGGAACCCGAAAAAACAAUCAAACCUAUGUAGAAUUAUGCAAAUAAAUUAUUAACCAUACUACAUGGAUAUAAAAAUUCAGCCACUGUAUAGGAAUAGAUAUUUGGUGUUAGUGUAAGACAUUCGAUUCUGAUGCUGUAAAAGAAAUUUAUUAUUCUAUUGUAAAACGUUUGAUUAAUCCGGUAGUUAGUUAUUUUGUUAGAAAAUGUAUGAAUCAGCAUAUAU